AUGUUCAAUCUUGGCUUUACAAUCGAAGAAUUAAUGUUUCCAGAAAAUUAUCAAUCAAAUAUUCUUUUCAAUAAAGAAUCUGAUUGUCUUGUCGAUAAAUUUGAUGAAAUAUCAUCAACAUAUGAAAAUCAAGAACAAAUUCUUACAGAUGAAGAUGAUUGGUUUACAAUUAGACAACUUAAUCCAAACCUUUCAUCAAGUGAUCAUAAUAUUAAUCUUUUAAAUGAUCAGACAUUAUCAUUAACAGAUGUUCAUUCGAAUAAUUGUAACAUUGGUCAAGUUGAAUUAGAUAGUACUAUUACUGCAUUAUUUUUACCAAAUCUAUCGAUCAAAGUUUCUCGUGAUAAAAAUAAUAGUUCAACCCUAUCAACUACUUCUCCACCUUCUUGUGAUCAAUUAUUAUUAAAUUCUACGAAUACAAUGACUCAAUAUCAAUCGAGAAAACAAAUGAUGUCUAAAUCAACUUCAUCUCUAUCUUUUUCUACACAAUCAUCAACAUCAAUGGUAAGUAGUAGUAUGGAUGAUAUGAGUCCAAAUUCAAAUGAUUUAAAUGAAAUAGCAAUUAUACAUCAUUCAACUGAAUCUAUUCCAAAGUUAUCUUAUCAUCAUAAAACUAGUCAUAGUAUAAAUGAUGAUUCAUCAAAUUUUAGUAGUGGUAGACGUCGUCGUAAACGAACUAUUUUUAGUGCAGCUGAUAUUGAAUAUCUUAAAGAAGCAUUUAUUCAAAAUCCUAAACCAAGCCAACAAGAUAUUGCUAUUUUAUCUGAACAAUUAGGUCACGAUUCGUAUGUAAUUCGUGUAUGGUUCUACAAUAAACGUCAAGCAACAAAGAAAACGAAAUAA